GCAUGAAAAAUCAAUACAGAGAUUUUGAGCUGCCAUUGUUUAACAAGCCUACUGGUGCUGGAAUUGUUAAAAGGUUGGAGAAAGAAUUUUCCUGCAGAGGUGAUCGUGGAGUCUCUGUGGCAAACAGAUUAUCUUUGCCAACGUGGUCAACUAACAGUGAGAGUAACAUUUUGUAA